AUGACGUCUGUUAAAAAACUGCUCGUGGACUCACUGAAGGAGCUGGUAGGAGCUGAACUGAAGGAGUUUCAGUGGCACUUAGUGAAUUUACAUCAUGAGGAUUUAUCAAGGUCUGAAUUGGAAAAGGCAGAUAGACUCGACACAGUAGAUAUUAUGGUGGCACGUUUUGAAGCAGAAGAAGCUGUGAAGGUCAUGGUGGACAUCCUGAGGAAGAUGAACCAGAAUGAUCUGGCUGAACAGUUGGAGAAUGAACAAAAGCAAGCUCAGGCUGAGGGCAAUAUGAAGACAUCUGUCCCUGUUGGAGAGCUGCAAAACUUUUUUAAAACUCACAAAACAAACAUGAAGAAGAAAGCAGAAUAUAUUUUUGAGGGCAACAAAGAAAAUGAAGCAAAACUUAAGGCUGUUUACACAGAGCUGUUCAUCACAGAGGGAGAUAUGAAAGAUGUCAAUAAGGAACAUGAGAUUCUGAAGAUCAAUGAUGAUUUCAAGAACAAAAAAACACAGGACAAACCAAUCAAUUGCAAUGAUAUAUUUACUGAACUGAGGAAAAACAAUGAGGAAAAGAUUGUUCUGACCAAGGGAGUCGCUGGCAUUGGAAAAACGGUCUCUGUGCACAAGUUCAUCCUGGAAUGGGCAGAAGGAAAAGCCAAUCAGGAUAUACAUUGUGUGUUCCUGCUUCCAUUCCGAGAGAUUAACUUAAUGACAAAUGAAGAUUUCAGUCUCCAUGAGCUUCUGCUGGAAUUUUAUCCUGAACUGGAGGGCCUGGAGAAAACAAAGUUAUAUAAGGAAUGUAAGUUUGCAUUUAUAUUUGAUGGACUUGAUGAAAGUCGCCUGCCUCUAAAUUUUAAAAGUAGAUUACUGAACACUGUUGAGAAAAAAGUAUCUGUAGACGCGCUGUUUACGAAUCUGGUGAAAGGUAAGCUGCUUCCAUCAGCUCUUGUCUGGGUGACCUCACGACCAGCAGCAGCCAAUCAGAUCCCUGUUCAGUAUGUGGGUUUGAUCACAGAAGUGCGAGGAUUCACUGACCAACAGAAGGAAGAGUACUUCAGAAAGAGAAUCACAGAUAAGACUCAAGCCUCCACAAUCAUCUCACACAUUAAGACGUCUCGUAGUCUCUACAUAAUAUGCCACAUUCCUGUGUUCUGCUGGAUCACGGCCACAGUACUUCAGGAUAUUCUCAGUGAGAACAAUGCAGAGAACAUCAGCGCAACACUCACUGAAAUGUACAUUCACUUCCUGCUGAUACAGAUGGACAUGAAGAACCAGAAGUACGAUGAACAAGAAGAAACAGAACGUACAGAGCACUUACAAUUAAAUAGAGAGAUGAUUUUGAAGUUAGCCAAGCUAGCGUUUGAACAGCUGAAGAAGGAAAACAUUGUUUUCAAUAAGGAAGAUCUGAAAGCAUGUGGUAUUGAUGCGAGUAAAGACACUGAGUUCACAGGAAUGAUCGCUGAGAUCUUUAAGAGGGAAGUUGGACUUUAUAAGACAAAGGUGUUCUGCUUUGUGCAUCUGAGUGUUCAAGAGUUCCUCGCUGCAGUGCAUGUGUUCAUCUGCUACCUGAACAAGAACAUGCAAGAGCUUCAGUUUUUCUUUGAUGAGCCAAAACAAAUUGUCACAUUGCAGGAGUUAAAAACCCCUGUGCUAGAUGAUGAUCUCAAGCUGCAAAACUUUUUUAAAACUCACAAAACAAACAUGAAGAAGAAAGCAGAAUAUAUUUUUGAGGGCAACAAAGAAAAUGAAGCAAAACUUAAGGCUGUUUACACAGAGCUGUUCAUCACAGAGGGAGAUAUGAAAGAUGUCAAUAAGGAACAUGAGAUUCUGAAGAUCAAUGAUGAUUUCAAGAACAAAAAAACACAGGACAAACCAAUCAAUUGCAAUGAUAUAUUUACUGAACUGAGGAAAAACAAUGAGGAAAAGAUUGUUCUGACCAAGGGAGUCGCUGGCAUUGGAAAAACGGUCUCUGUGCACAAGUUCAUCCUGGAAUGGGCAGAAGGAAAAGCCAAUCAGGAUAUACAUUGUGUGUUCCUGCUUCCAUUCCGAGAGAUUAACUUAAUGACAAAUGAAGAUUUCAGUCUCCAUGAGCUUCUGCUGGAAUUUUAUCCUGAACUGGAGGGCCUGGAGAAAACAAAGUUAUAUAAGGAAUGUAAGUUUGCAUUUAUAUUUGAUGGACUUGAUGAAAGUCGCCUGCCUCUAAAUUUUAAAAGUAGAUUACUGAACACUGUUGAGAAAAAAGUAUCUGUAGACGCGCUGUUUACGAAUCUGGUGAAAGGUAAGCUGCUUCCAUCAGCUCUUGUCUGGGUGACCUCACGACCAGCAGCAGCCAAUCAGAUCCCUGUUCAGUAUGUGGGUUUGAUCACAGAAGUGCGAGGAUUCACUGACCAACAGAAGGAAGAGUACUUCAGAAAGAGAAUCACAGAUAAGACUCAAGCCUCCACAAUCAUCUCACACAUUAAGACGUCUCGUAGUCUCUACAUAAUAUGCCACAUUCCUGUGUUCUGCUGGAUCACGGCCACAGUACUUCAGGAUAUUCUCAGUGAGAACAAUGCAGAGAACAUCAGCGCAACACUCACUGAAAUGUACAUUCACUUCCUGCUGAUACAGAUGGACAUGAAGAACCAGAAGUACGAUGAACAAGAAGAAACAGAACGUACAGAGCACUUACAAUUAAAUAGAGAGAUGAUUUUGAAGUUAGCCAAGCUAGCGUUUGAACAGCUGAAGAAGGAAAACAUUGUUUUCAAUAAGGAAGAUCUGAAAGCAUGUGGUAUUGAUGCGAGUAAAGACACUGAGUUCACAGGAAUGAUCGCUGAGAUCUUUAAGAGGGAAGUUGGACUUUAUAAGACAAAGGUGUUCUGCUUUGUGCAUCUGAGUGUUCAAGAGUUCCUCGCUGCAGUGCAUGUGUUCAUCUGCUACCUGAACAAGAACAUGCAAGAGCUUCAGUUUUUCUUUGAUGAGCCAAAACAAAUUGUCACAUUGCAGGAGCUACUGCAGAAGGCCGUUGAUAAAGCCAUGGAGAGUAAGAGAGGACAUCUGGACCUGUUCCUACGGUUUCUGAUGGGCUUUUCACUGGAAUCUAGCCAAAAUCUGCUCAAAGGCCUGAUCACACACACUGAAGACACCACAGAGAGCAUCAGACAAACAACUAAAUACAUUAAACAAGAACAAAACAAGAAUGAUAUCUCAGAUGAAACUUCAGUCAACCUAUUCUACUGCUUACUUGAGCUCAAGGAUCACUCGUUAUAUGAGGAAAUCCAGAGUUACCUCAAUUCAGAUGAACAUCCAGGUAGAAAACUCUCAUCUUCAAUGUGCACAGUGCUGACCUACAUACUGCUGAACUCAGAGAAGGUGCUGGAUGUGUUCAACCCCAAGAGGUUCACAUCAAAACAAGAAGACUACAAGAGACUCGUUCCAGCUGUGAGAUGCUGCAGAAAAGCCCUGCUGUGUGGGUGUAAUCUCAGAGCUCAGUCUUGUGAAAGUUUGUCAUCAGCUCUACAAUCCUCAAACUCUGUCCUGAGAGAGCUGGACCUGAGUAACAAUGACCUUCAUGAUCCUGGAGUGAAGCGUCUUUCUGACGGACUGAAGAGUCCAAACUCUAAGCUGGAGAUAUUGAGAUUUUCCAUCUGUAAUCUCACCGCUCAGUCUUGUGGGAUUUUGUCAUCGGUAUUACAAUCAUCAAACUCUGUCCUGAGAGAGCUGGACUUGAGUAACAAUGACCUGCAGGAUUCAGGAGUAAAGGUUCUUUCUGAAGGACUGAAGAGUCCAAACUGUCAGCUGGAAAUACUGAGGCUGUGUGGGUGUAAUCUCAGAGCUCAGUCUUGUGAAAGUUUGUCAUCAGCUCUACAAUCCUCAAACUCUGUCCUGAGAGAGCUGGACCUGAGUAACAAUGACCUUCAUGAUCCUGGAGUGAAGCGUCUUUCUGACGGACUGAAGAGUCCAAACUCUAAGCUGGAGAUAUUGAGAUUUUCCAUCUGUAAUCUCACCGCUCAGUCUUGUGGGAUUUUGUCAUCGGUAUUACAAUCAUCAAACUCUGUCCUGAGAGAGCUGGACUUGAGUAACAAUGACCUGCAGGAUUCAGGAGUAAAGGUUCUUUCUGAAGGACUGAAGAGUCCAAACUGUCAGCUGGAAAUACUGAGGUUGUCUGGCUGUAUGGUGACAGAGGAAGGCUGUCAUUAUGUGUCUUUGGCACUGACUUCAAACCCCUCACACCUGAGAGAGCUGGAUCUGAGCUACAAUCACCCCGGAGAUUCAGGAGACAAACUGCUCUCCUACAGCUACCAUAAAAGUGUGGAUCAUGGAGGAGAAUCCAGGAUUACAGCAGGACUAAAGAAAUAUGCCCGUUUUCUCACACUGGAUCCAAACACAGCAAACACUGAACUCCUCCUGUCUGAGAACAGAAAGGUGACAUGUGUGAGAGAGAAACAGCCGUAUCCUGAUCAUCCAGAGAGAUUUGAUGUUUGGAAGCAGGUGUUGUGUAGAGAGAGUGUGAUUGGACGAUGUUACUGGGAGAUUGAGUGGAGUGGACGUGUGUUUAUAUCAGUGUCAUAUAAGAGCAUCAGCAGGAAGGGACAGGGUAAAGGGUGUUUGUUUGGAUAUAAUGAUCAGUCCUGGAGUUUGUACUGCUCUCCCGCCAGAUACACAUUCAUGCACAAUGACAUAGAGACUGAUCUCCCUGUGAAGCCCAAAAGCAGUAUAAAAGGAGUUAACAGUAGAAUAGGAGUGUAUGUGGAUCACAGUGCAGGAACUCUAUCCUUCUACAGCGUCUCUGACACAACAAGUCUCAUCCACACAGUCCAGACCACAUUCACUCAGCCGCUCUAUCCUGGAUUUAGAGUUGAUCCUGAAUCAUCAGUGAAACUGUGUUGAUGAAUGAGAAUAGAUUGACAAGAGAUUCUACCCAUAAUGCUUUGAGCCGCAUGAUAAAUCAGUAACAGUGAGAUGUUAUAGUCUAUUCUUUUCUCUUCAUGACAUGAAUACUGCAGCUGAACUUCUGCCACUGAAAUAACAUGUCAGAAUAAAUGUGUGUAAUAAAUCCUCAUAUAGAAAGUAAGAGCUGUGUGUGUGAGAGUGAGAGAGAUUCCUGCUGAGUGACAAUGUGUAUCUAUGCUUUUCUAAAUCUACAUUUGUUUUUU